AUGCCCAAGAGGAAGCUUUUCAGUCAUGGAGCUGCUCUCCUAAGCAUGAGGGGGAUCUCGCUUUCCUCUCUCUUCUUACUGAUGCACCUGCUUCAGGACAAGAUAACUAUCAUUUUAGUUCUGGAAUAUCAAGACCUGCAAGAUUCGAUUAAGCCACAGAAGGUAGAGUUUCACUCAUUAAAUUUCAACAACACUCUGCACUGGCAGCCUGGGAGGGCCAGAGAGGCCAGAGACGUUGUCUACUUUGUGCAGUAUAAAGUGUAUGGGCAGAGCACGUGGCAAAACAAAGAUGACUGCUGGGGAAUUCAAAACCAUGUCUGUGACCUAACGAUUGAGACCUCUGACAUCCAAGAGCCUUACUAUGGCCGAGUGAGAGCCCUGUCAGCUGGUGUCUAUUCCAACUGGAGCCUCAGCUGCAGAUUCACUCCCUGGCAAGAAACUAUGAUAGGACCUCCAACAAUAACUGUGGUUCAUAGCAAAAAAUUCAUCAUACUAAAGCUCCAGGCUCCACGUUCUCCUUAUAAAAGGAAGAAAGGCAGCAAAAUACCAAUGACAAAUUAUUAUGAUCUUCUAUAUCAAGUCUUCAUAAUUAACAACUUGCUAGAAAAGCAACACAAAGAGCUGGUGUACGAAGGAAAAGACAAGGUAAUUAAAUUAGAAGAUCUGAGGCCUGGAACCAGCUACUGCAUCGUGGCUAAGACCUACCUGCCGGUGCUGGGGCGCAGCAGUGGCGACAGCAGCAGGCAGUGCACUGUGCUGCAGUGA